AGGAGAUAAAUUAAAGAAUUCUUUUUAGGAAAAACAAAAAGUAAAGAUUUUUCAUCAUGAGUCUUCUUCCUCUUCCUCACACCCAAUCACUACAAAUCUCUCUCCAUUCUCGAAUUAGGGCACUCUUUUGGGGUUAAAAAAUCUCAUCUUUUCGUGUUUGAACCUUAAGAAGUUUCUCUUUUGGAAUCAGUGAAAUGGGUAUCUCAAUUUGGGUUUUCUCAGUAAUUUCUGCAGCUACCCUUUUCGUUUCGUGCUCCUCCGCUCUCACUCCUGAUGGAUUUGCUCUUUUGGAAUUGAAGAGUGGAUUCAAUGAUACGAGGAACUCUUUAGAGAACUGGAAAGAUUCAGAUGAGUCUCCUUGUUCUUGGACUGGUGUCUCCUGUAAUCCUCAAGACCAGAGAGUCGUCUCUAUAAACUUACCAUACAUGCAACUAGGAGGGAUAAUAUCUCCUAGCAUUGGAAAGCUUAGUAGAUUGCAGAGACUGGCACUUCAUCAGAACAGCUUACACGGGAUAAUCCCUAAUGAAAUCACCAAUUGCACUGAGCUCAGAGCCAUGUAUUUGAGAGCAAAUUUUCUUCAAGGAGGGAUUCCACCGAACCUCGGCAACCUUACAUUUCUUACGAUAUUGGAUCUAUCAAGCAAUACACUGAAGGGUCCUAUUCCUUCUUCAAUUAGUCGAUUGACGCGAUUACGCUCCUUGAACUUGUCAACCAACUUUUUCUCUGGUGAGAUCCCGGAUAUUGGAGUUCUCAGCAGAUUUGGGGUCGAAACAUUUACCGGUAAUUUGGAUCUUUGUGGCCGGCAAAUUCGCAAGCCAUGUAGAUCAUCAAUGGGUUUCCCUGUUGUUCUUCCUCAUGCAGAAACUGAUGAUGAAUCAGAUCCUCCAAAGCGGUCAUCGCGGUUAAUUAAAGGAAUUUUGAUUGGAGCAAUGUCUACAAUGGCUCUUGCAUUCAUUGUGAUCUUUGUAUUCCUCUGGAUUUGGAUGCUCUCAAAGAAGGAAAGAACAGUAAAAAAGUACACUGAAGUCAAGAAACAAAAGGAUCCAUCCGAAACAAGUAAAAAGCUUAUUACUUUCCAUGGCGAUCUUCCAUACUCCUCGACUGAGCUGAUCGAGAAGCUAGAGUCUCUUGACGAGGAAGACAUUGUGGGUUCGGGAGGAUUUGGCACUGUUUAUCGAAUGGUAAUGAAUGAUCUUGGAACCUUUGCGGUUAAGAAGAUAGAUAGGAGUCGAGAAGGAUCAGACCGAGUUUUUGAGCGAGAAGUAGAGAUUUUGGGUAGUGUCAAACACAUCAAUCUAGUGAACCUACGUGGAUACUGCCGCUUACCGUCUUCAAGACUUCUCAUCUAUGAUUAUCUAACCUUAGGAAGCUUAGACGAUCUUCUCCACGAACGAGCUCAAGAAGACGGUUUGUUGAAUUGGAAUGCUCGGUUGAGAAUAGCGCUAGGUUCCGCGAGGGGUCUAGCGUACUUGCACCAUGAUUGUAGUCCCAAAAUAGUUCACCGUGACAUAAAAUCGAGCAAUAUUCUACUCAAUGAUAAACUAGAACCUCGAGUCUCGGACUUUGGUCUUGCAAAGCUUCUUGUGGACGAAGAUGCUCAUGUUACCACCGUGGUAGCUGGCACCUUUGGCUAUCUUGCUCCAGAGUAUCUGCAAAAUGGGAGAGCAACCGAGAAAUCUGAUGUCUACAGCUUUGGAGUUCUUCUCCUUGAGCUCGUUACAGGAAAGAGACCAACAGACCCGAUAUUCGUCAAAAGAGGCUUGAAUGUUGUCGGAUGGAUGAACACUGUGUUGAAGGAGAAUAGAUUAGAGGAUGUAAUAGACAAGAGAUGCACCGAUGUUGACGAAGACUCUGUUGAGGCAUUGCUCGAGAUAGCGGCCAGAUGUACGGAUGCUAACCCAGAGGACAGGCCGGCUAUGAACCAGGUGGCUCAGUUGCUUGAGCAAGAAGUCAUGUCACCUUCUUCUGGUAUCGAUUACUACGAUGAUUCUCAUUCCGAUUACUGUUAGGGCUUAUGCACGACUAAAGGUAACCAAGAAAUCACUAGGCCAGCGGCGGUUUUUCGUUGUUGUUGCUGCGUUAUGAAUGUUGUGAUUUGGGAUCGAGAGGAUUUGUUUGUAAAUUAGAAAUGGAAGGUGGAGUAAAGAUUAUUGAGUGUGCCUUGUUCUUGUGCACUUUAUGUUUUUGUAAUGAAAUUUUCGAUGCAAGGCAAAGAGCUGUGUUAAUGUCUU